GGGCUUGUUUAGUCACGUGAUAGAGAACGCCAAUGCGCAGUAGCCCAGCCUAGCCUACUGUUGAUUGUUGAUGACGCGAAUCAGCUGACAAAAUAGCUAGAGGCAAGGUUACUCAUAAAGAAAGAUAGAUCUAAAACAUACAAACAGCGAGACGCAAACGUAUUCAUUUGGUCUGUCGUUCAACGCUCAACCGCAAAUAUGCAGAUCUUUGUGAAAACACUUACUGGCAAGACAAUCACCCUUGAGGUGGAACCAUCGGACACUAUUGAGAAUGUGAAGGCCAAGAUACAGGACAAAGAAGGGAUCCCCCCUGACCAGCAGCGUCUGAUCUUUGCUGGCAAGCAGCUGGAAGAUGGCCGCACUCUGUCAGACUACAAUAUCCAGAAAGAGUCCACCCUUCAUCUUGUGCUUCGUCUCCGAGGAGGCAUGCAGAUUUUUGUGAAGACCCUGACAGGGAAGACCAUCACACUUGAAGUAGAGCCCUCAGACACCAUUGAGAAUGUGAAGGCCAAGAUUCAGGACAAAGAAGGAAUCCCCCCUGACCAGCAGCGUCUGAUCUUUGCUGGCAAGCAGCUGGAAGAUGGCCGCACUCUGUCAGACUACAAUAUCCAGAAAGAGUCCACCCUUCAUCUUGUGCUUCGUCUCCGAGGAGGCAUGCAGAUUUUUGUGAAGACCCUGACAGGGAAGACCAUCACCCUUGAAGUAGAGCCCUCAGAUACCAUUGAGAAUGUGAAGGCCAAGAUUCAAGACAAAGAAGGCAUCCCCCCUGAUCAGCAGCGUCUGAUCUUUGCUGGCAAGCAGCUGGAAGAUGGCCGCACUCUGUCAGACUACAAUAUCCAGAAAGAGUCCACCCUUCAUCUUGUGCUUCGUCUCCGAGGAGGCAUGCAGAUUUUUGUGAAGACCCUGACAGGGAAGACCAUCACACUUGAAGUAGAGCCUUCAGAUACUAUUGAGAAUGUGAAAGCCAAGAUUCAAGACAAGGAAGGAAUCCCCCCUGACCAGCAGCGUCUGAUCUUUGCUGGCAAGCAGCUGGAAGAUGGCCGCACUCUGUCAGACUACAAUAUCCAGAAAGAGUCCACCCUUCAUCUUGUGCUUCGUCUCCGAGGAGGCAUGCAGAUUUUUGUGAAGACCCUGACAGGGAAGACCAUCACACUUGAAGUAGAGCCCUCAGACACCAUUGAGAAUGUGAAGGCCAAGAUUCAGGACAAAGAAGGCAUCCCCCCUGACCAACAACGUCUGAUCUUUGCUGGCAAGCAGCUGGAAGAUGGCCGCACUCUGUCCGACUACAAUAUCCAGAAAGAGUCCACCCUUCAUCUUGUGCUUCGUCUCCGAGGAGGCAUGCAGAUUUUUGUGAAGACCCUGACAGGGAAGACCAUCACACUUGAAGUAGAGCCCUCAGACACCAUUGAGAAUGUGAAGGCCAAGAUUCAAGACAAAGAAGGAAUCCCCCCUGACCAGCAGCGUCUGAUCUUUGCUGGCAAGCAGCUGGAAGAUGGCCGCACUCUGUCAGACUACAAUAUCCAGAAAGAGUCCACCCUUCAUCUUGUGCUUCGUCUCCGAGGAGGCAUGCAGAUUUUUGUGAAGACCCUGACAGGGAAGACCAUCACACUUGAAGUAGAGCCCUCAGACACCAUUGAGAAUGUGAAGGCCAAGAUCCAAGACAAGGAAGGAAUCCCCCCUGACCAGCAGCGUCUGAUUUUUGCUGGCAAGCAGCUGGAAGAUGGCCGCACUCUGUCAGACUACAAUAUCCAGAAAGAGUCCACCCUUCAUCUUGUGCUUCGUCUCCGGGGAGGCAUCUAAAUUUCAUGCAAACCCUUUUCUUGUGUAGAGAAAACUCCCCUAGUGGUGAAAAUUCCAUUUUAUCGUUUGGUUUCCUUCAAGCAACAUUUUAAAAUUUGUGAAAACUUUUAUUUGGUUGCAUGGUUGCAGUCUUUUUUAUGAUUAAAGUGCAAGCAAUGAAAAUUGCCUUUUAACAAAUA